CUUUUCGCUUUUCAAAAUGGCGAACCUUGAUGGUUUGUUGUUUCUUUUAUAUUUCGGACAAGGAUUGCCUUAUGGCUUUCAAGUAAAACUUCUACCUUUGCUUCUUAGGAAACAUAACUUUUCAUUGUCAAAGGUAGGCCUUAGCCGCCUCUUAAGUGUACCAUGGAUCUUCAAAUUCAUGAUAGCCCCUUUGAUUGAUAAUUUAUGGUCUUUCAACUCUUGGAUUACUUUGGGCUCUUUCGCCAUGGCCCUGAUUUGCUUUACGUCAGCCUGGGUUGGAGAAUACAAUACUUAUUUAAUUCUCUUUUGCGUGUUAUGGAUGAACGUAACAUCUGCUGUACAGGAUGUUGCAGUGGAUGCCUACGCAAUUAGCCUGCUAAAACCUGCAGAUCUUGGAAAGGGAAGCACACUACAAGUGGUUGGUUACAAGGUGGGUGCAUUAUUUGGUGGAGGUAUUCUUUCUUGGCUCAGUGCAUACUGCAGCUGGGAAUGGCUGUUCACUCUCUGGGGCUCUUUUUACACUGUCAUAUUAAUCAUCUCAUCAAUCAACAUUAACAAUAGAACCUGUUUACAAAAUGAAGCAACAAAAGCAACUUCAUUAGAGAAUCAAGGAAUUAAAGGACAUCAGUUAUGUUCAUCUACUUCAGUCACAAAUGAUAAUACAAGUGGCAAGCUUAGUCCUCUACAGUAUAUCAGAACUACUAUUACAACUGUUGACUUCUCAUGGCUGAUGUUCUGUGUUAUGACAUACAAAUUAGGCGAGCAAGGUGUUGUUAGCAUGCUGCCUUUGUAUCUGAUUGAUCAAAGAGUCCCUCAAGAACAAGUAGGAGUUAUAGUUGGAAUAUUUGGUCAAUUGUUCUCAAUAGCUGGUUCAACCUUAGGAGGCUGGAUUGUUAGUCUGCAUUAUGCAAACAGGUCAUGGGUGAUUGAAGUACUCAUAUGGACUUCAUAUGCAAGACUCGUACCACUUCUCUCACUUUGGUUGUUGUCCUUAACACAAUUUACUAAAUCUGGAAUUGCAAUCAUUGAAUGUUUCAUUCAACUAAGUGGUGGAAUAAUCACAACAGCAACAUUCACACUCAUGAUGCAAAGUUCACAAGAUUCUUUACCUGGUACUAAAGCAACACACUGUGCUGUUCUUGCUACAUCAGAAGUGCUGGGCAAAUUGUUGAUGAUUUCCUUAUCUGGGAUACUAGUAGAUAUUACUGGUUACCAGCAUUUCUUUGGAUUGUGUUUUUUAUUGGCAUUGUCAUUUCUUCCUGUUUUAAAGUAUGGCCUGGCAUUUGCAAGGAAAAAAUCUUCCUAAAGAAUACCAAAAUCCUAAAUUUUUUAUCUAUACCUUCAAAGAUCACAGUCAAAUAUUUCAUACAAAAUAAAAUUCACAGCAUACAUGUAGAUUUUAAAAAUAUGUAAGCUCAGUUAUGUAUCCAAUAAAAUGCACUGGAAAAAUA